AUGGUAGCAGAAUACCGCGCCGAAGAGGUCAAGAAGGCCCACGAAGUCCUCUACAGCGAAGGCAUCAAGAUGCGAUACAAAGUGGCAGGCAAGCAAUACGUCGACAAGUCCUUGGCCAACGCCGACAAUCCAUUUUCUAGAGCAAUGCAAGACUACGUCUCCGAAUCCUGCUGGGGCAGCAUCUGGACACGUCCAGGGCUUGACCUGAAGAUUCGAUCCUUCCUCAACAUCGCCAUGCUCUGCUGUCAGAAUCGCGGAACGGAACUUGCAACGCAUGUGAAGGGCGCGCUGAACAAUGGUGCAACGGAAGAGGAGAUACGAGAAGUGAUAUUGCAGGCGGCGUGUUACUGUGGUAUGCCGGCAGGUAUUGAAGGGUUCCGAGUAGCGUGGAAAGCGAUUGAAGAGCAUAAGGCGAAUGCGGUGACAGAGGGAAACCAGGUGACAGACCAUGCGGAUGUGGGUAUUGCGAGUAGGAGUAAAGGAGAUGAGUAG